CCAAAAAGUCCAACAACGCAACAACAUCGAAGCUCGACUCGAAGCCCAAUCGCAAAUCUACGCCCGCCUUCGUCUCCUCAGACUACGUCAGCGUAGAUACGGAGUCGGCAGCCAUACCUGCACCACCCAACACAGCGCAACACACAACACAUUCACACAAUGGCCGACGAUGAGCAAGAACAAGACGCCGCAGCGUCGUACAUUGACUACGAGACCUUCCUCGCGCCCGACUUCAGCCCUUCGGCGUUUGCAAACGUGCUCGUGCUCGCGACCAACAACCCCAACGACACACCCCUCGACCUCUCCACGCCCCUGUCCAAGGUCCUCUUUGACGCCCAAGAGGUCGACUCGCACAUCGACUCCCUCACCACCCGCUCCGCCCUCCCGCUGCUCACCCACACGAGAGAGCAGACCGACGCGAGCGGGCGCAUCAUCGCCGAGAUCGACAGCCAGGUCAAGUCGCUCAACGACAGCUACAAGCAGCUCGAGCGGCAGGUCAUCCAGAAGCACGCCGAGGCGGACCAGGUCCGGCUCGUCGCCAGCCGGCUAUGGGAGACGCUGCGGCUGGGCCGGUCCGUGGCGCGGUGUCUUCAGCUAGGGAGGCAGCUCGAGGUGCAGCACUCGGAGACCCUCGCGGGGUCCACGGCGGGCGGGGCGGGAGUCGUCGCGGCCGCGCUGAGGAAGGAGGACCACCGGGCCAUCGUGCGGUGCGCGAACACGCUCGUCUCGCUGCGCGAGGUGCUCGACCGGACGGCGCCGGGCGAGGAGGGACACGGGCUCGACAGGGUCACAGCGAUCCGGUCACUGCGGGACGGCGUCAUUGGCCCCGUGGACAGGUCGGUCAAGAACGCGUCGGAGCAGAUGAUACGCGAGUUCUCGGUGGGCUCCGCAUCGGGCGCGGCGACGUACGCGCAGAGCGAGGAGACCAAGGCGCGCACCGUGUCCGCCAUGACGGCGCUGUACCUCCUAUCACCGACACAAGGGAUCAGGCCGGACAAGUGGACGCCCACGCUGCUCCUGCAGGCCCUGGAGGUGUACCUGCGCAACUCGCUCCAGAGCUCCGUGGCCAGCAUGGCGAGGUCGCUCGCGACGCUGCCCUCGCUGGACCGCACGCUGGCCGAGGUCGCGGCGCGGUGUCAGAACAUCAUUGCGCUCGAGAUUAUCCUCGAGACGACGAAGGCGCCGGCUCACCCACUGCUGGCGGGGCAGACAGACAAGUCCGCCGGGAACCUGCUCCAGCCGCUGCUGGCACAUCUGGAGACGGGCUCGCUGGCGUCGUACUUCUGGCGCACCAUGGCGAGCAACCUGUCACCUAGAGUGCAGGAGAUUGUAAACCGCGGCGGAGUAUCUGCUCGCACGCUGAGGUCCAAUCGCAGCAACGUGGCUGAUGCGAUACGGGACUGUGUCAUCAAGGGCAGCCAGCCGCCAAGCACAAUGGUUGCUGCAGGUAAAGGCACCAGCGGCGGCAGUGGUGGUGGUGCAGGUGGUGGUCCUGGGACAUCUGGGCCGGCCAAGGGCGGCUGGGAACGUGAGGUCGCGGUCAUGGUGGGGAGUGUGACGGGCAGCUUGGGCAGGUGAGGAUUGUACAAAGGCCAUUCUGGCCGUCUAGAAUUGAUACCCGGGACGAGCGGGAAGGCAGAUGCGAAGGUUGUUGCCCGCCUCUCUCUUGCUGCCGUUCUGUCACGAAAUGACGAGCCACGAAGCCAAACCACCCCAUUGAUGCGCUAUAACA